AUGCAUUUGGCAGUGGCUUGGUUUGGAAAUCCGGAGCCGAGUGUCACUUGGGAUAAAGAUGGUGUGCCGGUUGACCAACAGGACGGAUUCGUAGUCCUCAAACGGUCUGCCCCACUGGCUUCCGACCUUGGUCAUUUCGGCAGACUGGAGCAGCCGAACAGUGGAACUUCUAUCCUACAGUUCAAAGGAGUGCGUCGUCAAGAUCGGGGCAACUACCGGCUAAUAUUGGAGAAUGAGCAUGGUCAAGUGCAAACUACUUACGCGGUGGACGUCAUCGGUAAGCUGCCCAUUGUUCAUCUGUCCACCUGA